GUCUCCUAGAGAUGAACAUAGUUUGGUGUGAAAAGUGCAAAUCAAUCCCAGAUGAACAGCAAAGGACCUUGUGAAGAUGUUGGAGGAAACCGGUAGACAAGUAUCUAUAUCCACAGUAAAACGAGUCCUAUAUCGACAUAACCUGAAAGGCUGCUCAGCAAGGAAGAAGCCACUGGUCCAAAACCGCUAUAAAAAAGCCAGACUACAGUUUGCAUGUGCACAUGGGGACAAAAAUCUUACUUUUUGGAGAAUUGUCCUCUGGUCUAAUGAAACAAAAAUUGAACUGUUUGGCCAUAAUGACCAUUGUUAUGUUUGGAGGAAAAAGGGUGAGGCUUGCAAGCUGAAGAACACCAUCCCAACCAUGAAGCAGCAUCAUGUUGUGGGGGUGCUUUGCUGCAGGAGGGACUGGUGCACUUCACAAAAUAGAUGGCAUCAUGAGGAAGGAAAAUAAUGUGGAUAUAUUGUAGCAACAUCUCAAGACAUCAGCCAGGAAGUUAAAGCUCGCGAAUGGGUCUUCCAAAUGGAUAAUGACCCCAAGCAUACCUCCAAAGUUGUGGAAACAUGGCUUAAGGACAACAAAGUCAAGGUACUGGUGUGGCCAUCACAAAGCCCUGACCUCAAUCUGAUAGAAAAUUUGUGGGCAGAACUGAAAAAGCAUGUGCAAGCAAGGAGGCCUACAAACCUGACUCAGUUACACCAGUUCUGUGGAGGAAUGGGCCAAAAUUCCAGCAACUUCUUGUGAGAAGCUUGUGAGAGGCUACCCAAAAUGUUUGACCCAAGUUAAACAAAUUAAAGGCAAUGCUACCAAAUACUAACAAAGUGUAUGUAAACUUCUGACCCACUGGGAAUGUGAUGAAAGAAAUAAAAGCUGAAACAAAUAAUUUUCUCUACUAUUAUUCUGACAUUUCACUUUCUUAAAAUAAAGUAGUGAUGCUAACUGACCUAAGACAGGGAAGUUAUCUAUGAUUAAAUGUCAGGAAUUGUGAAAAACUGUGUUUAAAUGUAUUUGUCUAAGGUGUAUGUAAACAUCUGACUUCAACUGUACAUCACCCUGUAUAAGUAAUUUAAAUGGGCCUAAAUAAUACAAUAGGCUGCGUGACCCUGCAAUAGGUGUAAACCUAAAUAAAUAUGCCUAAUUACAUUAUUAAACAAAAUAUCUUAACAAAGGAGAUUGGAGUGAGAGUGCGCUAAUGAACGCUCCUCUCUCUAUCUUCCUCCGCUUGUUCCUUCCUCCAAUGGCACGUUCUGGUCUGGGAGCCUAUACAUAUGGCAGUCACAAAUUGUAAGUUGGAUAAGGGCAAUUGGCUACAAGUCCACAGGACUUAAACCUCUAACCAGGUGAUCUAUGAAUACGAACUGGCACUCUGUAUUGACAGCCUUUUGGAGUAGUUCAAUACAGCGCUGAUGUUCGUCAAAGCAGUCUUCUUCUGUGUGCAUCUGUUAAGUUUUAAGUCAUAGGAGAGAAGCAAAACCUAUUGGCUAAGUAUGAUUUACAUCGCGUGCAAUCACAUGAUAAACAUUUUCUUAGUCCACUUUCAUUACUCUCAAUCAGGUUGCACAUCAUUAUGUGAAACUCUGUCUCACCAAUGCCAUCGUUAUUUAUUUUAAUAAAUUCAGUAAUAUUUCAUAACGUUAAGCGCAUAAACAAGACUUCACGCAAUUUCGAUGUUUGACAGUAUUUUCGCACUAUUUUCGUGUAGAGAGGAGACAUCUGCCUGCAGUCAAUUGUGGAUGGAAUACGAAGACUCUUUAUCAUUAUUCAAUAAUAUUAGGCUACUAUUUAAUCCUACCAGAUUUUGGAUUAAGAAUGUCAUCGAAACAUAGGCCUAUAUAAAAUUGGGUUUGCUGUUUCACCAAUGCCAUCGUUAUUUCUUUUAAUAAUUUCAGUAAUAUUUCAUAACGUUAAGCGCAUAAACAAGAUUGCAUGCAAUUUCGAUGUUUGACGGUAUUUUCGCACUAUUUUCGUUUGCAGGGGAGACAUCUGCCUGCAGUCAAUUUUGGAUCGAAUACAAAGACUCUUUAUCAUUAUUCAUAUAAUUGAAUUUAAUCAUUAUUAUUACAGUUUUAAACGUUGCCUUGGAUUCCCUUAAUUAUUGGAAGAAAAAAAAAAAGAUGUACAGAGAUGUAUUAGCAUUAAAUACUAUAUAGAUACAUAAUAUUGGCUUAUAUUGUUCUAAAGCCAGAGGAGGUGGGCUCUCCUAUUGACUCUAAUUUCUCUCAAGGAUUUUUCUCUCCACCAACAAACAUCUUAUGAUUUUUUUUCCUUGCCACAAUCGAGUUGGCCUGCUCACUGCGGGCUUAAAUACAUUCAGGCAUAAUUUUCUAAAAAGUUGUUCACUGGGGGCAUUAAGACAUUAAGGCAUGACCUCAUGUAAAUCUGUUGAUACGGUGUGCAUUGUGGAAAGCACAAAGCACUAUAGGCCUACUAUACAAAUAACAAUGACUUGACAAAUUCCUGGACAUUUUGGCGAAAGCUUCGACCGUUGGACCUGACAGCUCCCAUAACGAUGCACUUAAUUUCUACAUGAUAACAAGCGAUAUAGCACUUUGGCUUGGGAAAAAGGCUUUCCUCCAUCAUAAAACAAGGUAGGCAUACAGCGUUAGUUUAUGUGAUCUUUAAAGCGUAAAUUGCAACGCUAUCAGGAAACCCAGCCCUAGUUUUUAAAGUGGCAGAUAGCUCCCUGAAUCGUUUCUUUUAAAAUACAAUAAUAUUAGGCUACUAUUUAAUACUACCAAAUAUUGGAUUAAGAAUGUCAUUAAAACAUAGGCCUAUAUAAAAUUGGGUUUGCUCGAUUUCACGGUCUUCUCAGAAUUUUGAAUUGGCAACCCAUAAUCGACAUUCAGAGGACAUCCUUGAUAUCCUUUGUAUUUGAUUUUUAUAUAAUUGUUGACGACCGUUUUUGAAAACCAGAUACUUGUGUCUUUCAAUUUACUGAAUCCAUUGGACAUUGGUGUGCGUGUUUUGUGUGCAGGUCACGAAGCAUUGUUUCGGCAGACAUAAUUUUUCUACUGCAGAGUCGUUACCCUCUGAAUGACCUCGUCGCACGCACGCUUCGAGUUUGAUACUUAGGGGAGUCCUGCCUUUAACCAGAGGGUGGCGCGCGGCCACAAUCUUUAACAGAGCCUACAACAGCUAGUUCGGUGAAACUCUAGUUGCGCGCUCCCGUCUCCAAACAAUUCCACCCUGAUUUCCUGCUUGCGCGUGAGUUUACCGCUGGAGGUCACAGAACAGGAUUUACGACUGGUCAACAAAAACACGUGACUAUUAGCCGUACCCCAUAUCUGGGAGCCUACGUAAGGGAGCAUUAAGUCUGUGUCUCACUCAUUUCCAUAAUUCAACAUAAAUUGUGCAAGGGUGCAAUAGAAGCUCAAAACCAUCAAGAGAAACAAAUCAAACACACACGGUAUUGUUCUCUCCACAACAGUAGUUAUAGUAAUUAAAAUAAUUAUAAGCUAAUUAUUGUCAACCAAUGAGCUCUUAUUUUAUGAACUCAUUCUGCGAUCGCUAUCCAAAUGGCGCGGACUACCCCUUACAUAACUAUGAAGAUCACAGCUCAAGUGGCCAAUACAGAGAUUCUACGGGCAUGCAUUCGGAUAGGUAUGGCUACAAUGGAAUGGAUCUCAGCACCGGGCGAUCUACCGCCGGACACUUUCUCUCAUCUGGUGAGCGAGCUCAAAACUACACAGACAGUCCAACUGCGACGCCUGUCCGAUACAAUCAAACGGUUACUGCGAGCAGCGUUGAGUCACAAUCGCUUUCCACUGACCCUCUCCCUUGCUCGUCCUUAGCCAAUUCUCCUGUCAGCAAGUCCCCACAUCGCGCCCUGAAAACCUCACUACCGAACACCAGUGGCUCUGCGACCAACAGUGUCGGGGCUUUUCUCGGUCCCGAGGAUAUUUCUAAAGCGUCCAGCACCUUGGAGGAAGAAAAGCCAGCGGGAAGUGCGCAGACCUUACAGAAUGUUUCCGACACGUCGCAGCCACAGAUUUAUCCAUGGAUGCGAAAACUUCAUAUAAGUCAUGACAGUUUGGCCGGACCAGAGGGGAAAAGGGCGAGGACAGCCUACACACGUUACCAGACACUUGAGCUUGAAAAGGAGUUCCACUUCAACCGGUACCUGACACGUCGCCGACGAAUUGAGAUUGCACACACGCUCUGUCUAUCUGAGAGACAAAUCAAAAUAUGGUUUCAAAACCGCAGAAUGAAAUGGAAAAAGGACAACAAAUUUAAGAGCAUGAGUAUGGCAGCUGCUGCUGCCGGAUACCGACCCUGAGAAUGUGUGCAUACUGAAUGUGUGCAUUAAAAUAUAUGUUAGUGCUUGUGUGUGUGUGUGUGUGUGUGUGUGUAUGUGUGUGCGUGCGUGCGUGCGCUCAUAUUUCCUUACCUUUAUGCGUUUGUUCCACAUAACAGAGGGAAUGCAGAUUAUGGGCUUUUCCCAUUUCGUCAAAGACUUGCCAUUGGUCAUGAGACAGGGAACACCCUGUGUUUCGGAUUUGGCCAAAAAUAAAUAAAUAAAUAAAUAAAAACCAAUAAAUAUAUAAAUAAAUAAAAAUAAAUCCUCUCAAUGUUCAUAUGAAAUGUUGCUGUGUUUCGAACUAUUCACUGUCUUAGAAAAAACACCUGAAGGUGUAAAUGAAUUCGUUUUGACGAAAAAUGCUUGACGUUUCUGAAAGAUACAUAAAAGAAAACUUGUAAAAGUGUUAGUUUUGACUCUUACGAAACAAAUAUUUUUGUUGUUGUUUUUAUGUCUUUUGAUGUGUAAAUAUGCAUUUGUAUAUUAUGUAUUUAUUUGAGUUUGAUAUCAAAUGUCAAGUGGAUUUUAUUUUAUUUUGUAGUCAGUCUAAAGUUGUAAUUAUUUGGGCCGUGCUGUAAUGUCAUUAUUGUGUAUAUUGUUAAAAUGGUUCAGUUCAGACUUUUCUGAAUAUAUGUGAGUCGUGGCCUAAUGUUUCUACUUGAAUAUGUGUAUAUGAGUUUGUUUUACGUUUUCAAAUGUUGGACAACAUGUGUUUUACCUUCUCGUGAAUUUUGAAUGAUAACUGGAAUUGAAUGAUACAGAAAACACAAUAUUGCUAACCGUGAAUACAAUGGUCAUGACAAUAAAUUUCUUACUUUAAAUAUUAGGUAUUGUUGUCAUGUUUGCUUCUUGCCUAGUGUUACAUGUCAGUGAUAUAUGUAUAUGUAGAUAAUUAAAUGUGUCACAUGAACAUUUUUGACAAUUAUA